AACCCUGGUAUAGGGCCAUUGGAUGUUUUUUCACAUUCUUCAAAGUGAAUUGUUAGAUGUUACAUGCGCCACAUAUCUGUUCAACCUAUGAGAGUAGCAGCUACAGGGCAAAAUCACAGAAGCUGCACUACUACGGGCCUAAUAUUUUAUUAUUUGCCUUAUUUGCUCCAAACCGCAAUAAUAUCGGUAGAGGACGCCAGUGACCCGUGGUUUAAAUUAAGAGGAUUCUGUGAUUACGAUUAAUUCUAUUCCUUUAACUUUUGAUAAUAUCUUACACAUUUGUGUGGGAUUUUGUAUAGUAACAACAGCUGUUUGUUAUGUUUACAUGUUUGAACGUUGCAUGUAACCUUAGCUCUCCGUUCUCACGUGACUGGGGCGAAAAGCAGUGAUGUGGCGGAAUUCAGUUUCAACUUUAGCAUAACGUUAGCUACAUAACUAGCUGGCUAGUGCCUAGAAUUUAGCUGACAAAAUGGACAACUCUGGGAAAGAAAAAGAAGCAAUGGCCCUCAUGGCUGAGGCUGAAAAGAAAGUAAAAUCAUCUCAGUCGUUCUUUGGAUCUUUAUUUGGGGGCUCAUCAAAGCAGGAGGAAGCCUGUGACAUGUAUGCUAGAGCAGCCAAUAUGUUCAAAAUGGCCAAAAACUGGAGUGCUGCAGGUAAUGCCUUCUCCCAGGCAGCUCUUCUCCACUUGCAGAUGCAGAGUAAACAUGAUGCAGCCACCAAUUUCAUUGACGCAGGGAAUGCUUUCAAAAAAGCAGAUCCACAAGAGGCUAUAAACUGUCUGAAUCGGGCCAUUGAGAUCUAUACAGAUAUGGGUCGUUUCACCAUAGCAGCCAAACAUCAUAUAACAAUUGCAGAAGUAUAUGAGACAGAACUGGUGGAUAUUGAUAAGGCUAUUGCCCAUUAUGAACAGGCUGCUGAUUACUAUAAAGGGGAGGAAUCUACAAGCUCAGCCAACAAGUGUCUUCUCAAAGUGGCAACAUAUGCUGCUCAGCUGGAAAAAUACCAGAAGGCCAUUGAAAUAUAUGAACAGGUUGGAACCAAUGCCAUGGACAGCCCUUUGUUGAAGUACAGUGCGAAGGACUAUUUUUUCAAAGCAGCUCUCUGUCAUUUCUGUGUUGACAUGCUAAAUGCCAAGUUGGCCUUGCAGAAAUACGAGGACAUGUUUCCAGCCUUUUCAGAUUCACGGGAAUGCAAACUGCUGAAGAAACUUCUGGAUGCCUCUGAAGAACAGAACAUUGAUGCCUAUACUGAUGCAGUGAAGGAGUAUGACACUAUCUCACGGUUGGACCAGUGGCUCACCACCAUGCUGCUGCGCAUCAAGAAAACCAUACAGGAGGAUGAGAGUGACCUUCGCUAAAGACUCUCUCUCACACACAGUUGCUUGCCCAGCGACAACCUUGUAUUUUGGAUCAUUCCCAGAUUUUGCUAAGUGGCACUUUUUAGUGACUUACAACUAUUGUGACUUACGACUAUUGUGACCGUAAUCUGUCAGUUUUUCAACAAAAAAACAAAAAAAAGCCUUAUGUGCCUUCUGUUUCUGAUGAGCCUAGAUUUUCUUGCCUGAAGUCCAUCUUCCCAGACUCUCUGGGAAGGUCUGGCAGACCUUUCAUCCACUGGUGCUCUAAAUAAGGUCUAUUCAUGACCCUUAAGAAUACUAACUUUCUUGAAUGGAAAUCUGUUGCCAGGGUGAGCAGUGCCUUCAAUCAUGACUAGUUGCAGCACACUCUUUGGAACUUCAAAGUAGCUCUGAGAACCUUUAUGUGCUAUCAGAAAAACAGACAUAGGUCUAAGCACAGCAGAAAUAGCACAGUAUAACAGUCUAUAAAAGAUUCUUUAUGCUGGUAUUCCAUAUUGUACUAUUUUAUUUUAUUUUAUUUUUUGCCACAGGAUGGUAGUCAACACGUUCAAACAGUAAACUUUGAUUUUUUGUGAUGAAUUUGGUUGGAACAAUUAAAAAAUCUAAAAAUGGUAUAAUGCACAAGCUUUGUAAAAUAUAAUGUGUAUGAAUGAA